GUUCAUAACUCGGUCUUCCAUAUGCCAGCUUUCCGUGCGCUCAAAACGCUCGUGCGGUCGCUAUCCACCACCGCCAGAUCCACACCGGAGCUCGUUGGCACAGCCCCUUCGCACCGGUGCUACAUCUUCUUGCAUACCCCACAGCCGCCUAGCGAGUAUCCCGCCAAGUACGCAACCCCCGUCCAACGCGCACUCCUUCUACGCACCGCUAAAUGGGGCGGGUCUGUCAAUUUUGCGUGGUCUAAGGACCAACAAUCUAUCUGUGCACGACCACCUGGGGAGGAGGACAAGCAGGAAUAUCAUCUGACAGCGUUUGCGCAUCCGCGGGGAAAGCUUGAGACUACUGUGUCCAUGGACAAUAUUGAGGAGGUGGAAGAACAGUUGAGGGUGCAUGCUGAGGGUGUCUCUGGUGCUACGUCCUCGAGUUCAGAUGAUGUGCAUUUAUAUAUCUGUACUCAUGGUGCGCGAGAUUGUCGGUGCGGAGACACUGGGGGAGCAGUUGCCCAGGCCUACCUGCAUUAAGCUUGCAGAAGUGGCACAUGUCGGAGGACACAAAUAUGCAGCAAAUCUCCUUGUGGUACCCGCACGGAGAAUGGCUAGGUGAAGUAGGGCCCGAG